AUGUCAGCUUCGCUAUCGCCAUCUCUCCCGUCCUUAUUUCGUCACUGUCAUCCCUGCAUCAUUUUUGCCAUCCUCGUUAUCACCACGAUCAUUACCAUCAUCACUGUCACCAUAAUCUUCCUCCUCCUCACCAUUCUCACCAUCAUUGUGAUCACUACCACCUCAUCAGCAUGUCUGGAGAUAGAAGCUGGUGAAGGUAAUCUCAAACUGUUUAAUGCUGCCACCUCGUGGCAAGGCUCAAAGGAACUUACUACUGGAGGAAAGAGAAAGUGGAAAACCCCGACUGGGCAUGAAAAUGCCAGAAGGGAAGAUUUUGAAGAUUUCCUGUUAAGUUUAAGGAAAUAUGAAAGGGCAAGAAAAGUGUGUGGGAAGCCAGCAGUAAGUGGGAAGAUCUUUGGUGGCCAGAACGCGCCUGACCAACGGUGGCCAUGGCAGGCCAGCCUACUCUACCUUGGCAAGCACAUCUGCGGAGCUGCCCUCAUAGAUGCCUACUGGGUGAUCUCAGCUGCCCACUGCUUCCAAAAGUCCCAUGAACCAUCUGACUACCGGAUCCUGCUCGGGUACCAUCAGCUCCAACAUCCCACUGAGCAUAGCCGGCAGAUGACAGUGUAUCAACUCAUUGUUCACAGUGAAUUUAACAAGCGCUACUUCAUGGGCAGCGACAUCGCCCUGUUGCAACUGCAUCUGUCUGUGAACUUUACUUCCCACAUUCUCCCCGCCUGCCUCCCAGGGCCAACCACGAAGCUGCCCAUUCACAGCAGCUGCUGGAUCACUGGCUGGGGGAUGAUCACCGAGGAUGAUUUCCUGGCCUCACCAUUGCAGCUGCAGGAAGGAGAGGUUGGCAUUGUUGACAGUGAGGUCUGUAAAAUGUAUUUCCAAUCGCCAGACUCCAGCAGCAGUGAAUAUUCUAUACACGAGGAUAUGUUUUGUGCCGGGGACCUCAUGACAGGAAAGUCCAUCUGCCGAGGAGAUUCCGGGGGCCCCCUGGUCUGCAAGCUGAACAGUAGUACUUGGUUUCUGAUGGGGCUGUCUAGCUGGAGCCUGGCCUGCCGCUACCCCAUAAGCCCCAGCGUCUUCACCAGGCUCACCUACUUCUCCAGCUGGAUCAAUGAGAAGCAGAGGACCUCGCCCAAUCCCGAACCUUCUUUUGCUCCUCCUCAGGAAAAACCUCCUAUUUUGAGUGACUUCACUUCUCUGGGCACCGUCCACAAGCCCAGCACCUGCAUGACCCUUGUGUUUUCACAGACCCUCCUCCUGCUGCUGAUUUCCCUAAGGACUCUGUGA